CCGCCUCCAGAAUGCAACGCCUCGCCCUCUUGCUCGUGUGUCUGCUCGGCUCUGCCGUAGCCUUGCCGGCCCGCACCAGGCUCUGGAGCAGGGGCAACAGCCGCAUCAUCGGAGGAAGCAACGCCAACAUCGCCAACUACCCGUGGCAGCUGUCCUUCCAGUAUGGCGGUUCGCACAUCUGCGGAGCCUCCAUCAUCAGCUCCAGCUGGGCGCUGACGGCCGCUCACUGUGUGGACGGUAUGAGCCUCCUGCUGAUGACUUUCAGAGCCGGAUCGUCUAUCCGUGGAAGCGGUGGCACCGUCCUGAGGGCCUCCUCUGGCUACAUGCACGCAUCGUACGACAGCAACACGGUGGACUACGACGUCGCCGUCGUUCAGGUGUCUGGAUCCCUGCUCGGAACGAACGCCCAGGCCGUCAACCUCCCAUCCGACGGCUACGACCCCGCCGGAGGCCUGGCCGUGACCGUCACUGGCUGGGGAUCCACGUACACAGACGGUCCGGCCCCGAGCAACCUGCAGAAGCUGGACAUCAGCAUCGUGGCGCGCUCCACCUGCCAGAGCAUCUUCGCCAACGUGAACACCGUGACGGCCCGCAUGGUGUGCGCCGGCAGCGCGGGCCAGAGCGUGUGCAGCGGAGACUCGGGCGGCCCCCUGGUCAGCGGCAGCACGCAGGUGGGCAUCGUCUCCUGGGGGGUCAGCCCCUGCGAGGCCAGCCCCGGCGUCUACGCCAACGUCGGAAACCUGCGCUCCUGGAUCCGCUCUGCAGCAGGUGUCUAAGGCCUUCUGGUUCGCAGCUGCUCUCUGCAACGUGCAUCUGCACGUUUUAACAAGAAGGUUCCUGUUGUAUACAAGAUGACCUUUCAGAAAUAAAUAACUAUAUACCAAUUGCCAAUUUUGUUGUUGUUGGCGAAUAUAGAGAUCAUAUGAGCACUUAAUGAACGGAAACUUUGUAACUGAUUACAACUACUGAAGUAAAAGCAAAAAACAAAAUUUAAA